GAAAGUGAGCCAGGGACAGCCCAGAGCGAGAGACGGGUACAUCGUCUCUGCUUCCCAGAUUUAGCCACCGACUUCACGGCGGGCAAACUUCACUCUAAGGAUCGUUAGCUCAUUUCAGCCUGUCUGUGAUAAAUCCCCUGGCUGGAGAUUUGGCCUCAUCCGAGACCCCAGCGCCGAUCUACUGCUUCCCCAUCACCAUGAGGGCAUCUCUUGCUGCCUUCAUCCUCGCUGCUCUCCUGGCUACGGGGGCCUGUCUGCAGUGUGAGGUUUGCGGUGGACCAGGAACUACCUGCUCGGGCGACCUACAGACCUGCCCCGCUGGGCUUGACUCUUGUGGCAUCCUUCUGUCAGAAGACACAGAGGUGCCAAGGGAGCGUCAGAGGAUAAACAAGACCUGUCUGACAUCCAGGGAAUGUAAACUUGGCUACGUGUCUCUGAAAUUUUGGAAUGGAAAGACGCUCAGGUUUCAGAAAUUCUGUUGCGUGGGAGAUGCCUGCAGAACAACCACCUUUAAACUGCCCCCGGCUGACACCAAACCCAAUGGCCGGAGCUGCCGUGGCUGCAUCUUCUCAUUCCCAGGUCCAUGCAUGGAAGGGACCAUAGAGUGUACUGGAGCCGAGACCCAGUGUUACUACUCAACCCAGAAAAGAGGCACGUGGUGGAGGUGACACAUUAAACAUCGUGCAGGGCUGUGUUACCGAGUCCCUCUGCAACAUGAUAGAGGAUUUGCAGACCCACAACGGGAACAGUAAAGAUAGAAGCCUGGAAAAAUGCAGAGCAGCCUCUGGUGCGGCCGGCACGGCUCCGGGACCAGCCGGGCUCCUCUUCCCAGCCCUCGCUGGGCUCCUCCUGCUGCAGCUCCUUUCCUGAUUUCCACCCCAUGCAAGGGCCACGCUGCACUCAAUUACAUCCCCGUCACUUGCGUCUGCUGCUCUCUUCAGCUGCUCUCCCCUCCCAGGGGCUCGGGGCUCCCGGCCGGAUUCGCUUCCCCUUUUCUAUCGUUCCCCUUAAUUAAAAAACGGGAGCCCAAAAAUUCUUUGGAAAUUUUACAUUUAUUUUGAUGAGGAAAAUUGUAAUUCAAAUGAGUGGAGCCGUCAAGAAGCUGCUUAGUCUUAGAGUGACCCCUAGCGGUGACAUUAGGCAACACAGUCCUG